AUGGAUCAAAUUUACAGCGACUCAGACGCCGAUUUAACCUUGAUCUCUUCGGACAAUGUUGCCUUUAGGGUGUAUGCCUUCCACUUAGGCACUAGUCCCGUUCUGAUGGAUAUGAUCAAAGUUCUACCUCGGUGUAAAUCCGACAUUCCGUUCUCGGACUCACAAAUGGAAGAUUCGCACACCAUCCGAUACCUUUUGAACAUUCUUCAUAACAAUCAUUCGGAGCUUGACUGGAAUACAUUGGGAUUUUUCAGAAAUACCAUAUCUUUCGUGAAGAAAUACGAGAUGAUCUUAGUCCAAUCGUUCCUUUCUGUACAACUGCGACGAUAUCUGGAGAACGGCGGCGCGGAAAGAUAUUGCUUCAUACUCGCAGCUGAACUUGACGAUAUCUCAAUUGCGGCCGCCAUCAUCGAAAAGGGAGGAAGACAAAUUUUUGUCAAUAACGGUGACAAGUAUUCUUCCGGGUGGUUCGAUCAAGGACAAAUUGUCGAGCGACAACGACUGAUCGAAAGCGGCAAAUGGGGUUUUGUCGAUGGUUGUGCGAUAAUGAACCCAACAGCUUGGCCGCUAUGGGAGCUACGACGUGUCCCAUUCGAGUAUGUCAAUUCGCUUGGCCGAACUUACCAGCGGUUCCCCUUCGGUCAUAAAACUUCAGAUGUGCAAGCUGCCGCUCAAUACUUCAAGCAACUCAUGGAGGAUUUGAAAGUCUAG